UCUUGUCUCACUAACCCCGGCUUAUUUCCAUCAAUUUAAACAAUUUUUUUCUAAACUGGCAUUAUGCCAAUAUCAACUAUCUAAAAAGAAUAUAUUUAUCGAUAAAAAAAUUAUUCUCACCAACUAAAUUUUACAUAAUAAUUGUGUUUUUCAUUUAAUCAUUAAACUCCAGCUUUAAUAAUUUUUUCAAUUAUCUAAUUUUAAUUAAACUAAAUAAUUUUUUUAUUUUUGAAAAGUUUCCAAAGCUUUAGAAAGAGUGCAAAGUGUGCCAGUAAGGGUGAAAAUAAUAAUAGUGAAUUGUAAAAAAUAAACAGAUAAAGAGAAAAUAAUAUAAUAGAAAAAAAAUAUAAAUCAAAAUGGUUGUUGAAGCAUCUGAUGAAUCACUUGAUCCAAUUGAUAAUUAUCAGAUAAUACCAUCAUUAUCAGGAGCGAAUAGUUAUUCAAAUUCUAUAAUAACAGUAUUGGUCAAGGAUAUAGCAACAGUACCAGUAAGAGUAUUAACAAAAAAAUGUCUAGUAUCAUUAGAAUGUGAAGUAUCAUUGAUUUGUCAAUUAAUAUCAUGGUUACAAAAAGAAAAUCGUCCAGUAAGUGAUUGCAAAAUUUGCUUGAAUAAUACUGAUUUAUAUUAUUCAUCUGGUAAAAAAUUAGCUGAUUAUAAUUUAAAUAUUGAUACAAAUAAACAAUCAAAAUUAGGUAUUGCAUAUAAAUUUUGUGAUGAUGUUAAUGAACAACCAUUAUUUAAAUCACCAAAAUUUAUUGAAUUAAAAGUAUCUGAUAAAACAAAUGGUUUAAUAGCAUUUACACUACCAUAUAAAUUUAUAAUAACACCAGAAUCAACAAUUGAUGAAUUAACAAAUAAUAUACUCAACUUAAGCUACACUGAAUUACUAGAAAAAUAUCAGGCAACAUCACAUAUAAUAUUAAAAUUCCGUCAUUCAUCCACCAUCAUAAAUGAUGAUAAUAAAAUACCAAAUAAUGAAAAAUUUAAAAAUUUAAAAUUUAAUUUUUAUUCAAAAAAAAAUGAAUUUAUUGAAAUAAUAAAUAUACAAAUAAUAAAUAAAACAACUAAUACAAUAAUUGAUAAUGAAAAAAGUAUAAAAUCUUUUGAUAAUAAUGAUGUUAUUAAAAAAUUUUAUGAUGAUGAAUUUGAUCAGUGUAUUGAAUCAGUUAAAAAUGGUUGUGCAAGUGAAUAUCCAAUUCCAAUAGAUGAAUAUAAUACAACAACAACAACAAAAAAUGAUAAUAAACAAUGGUCAUCAAAUGAUUAUACAGUGACAUUAAAUAAUACAAAUUAUGAUGUAGAUUCUGAUAGUUUAUUUGACAAAAUUGAAGAAAUAAAAACAAUUGGUCAAAAUAAUUAUGAUGAUACAAAUAAUACAACAAAUAAUUAUCACAAUGAUAAAACAAUAAAUAAUAUUAACAACAACAACAACAGCAACAACAACAACAAUGAUGAUUAUAUUAAUAAUAAUAACAACAAUUCAUCAAAUAUUUAUGUUGGUCUUGUUAAUCAAGCAAUGACAUGUUAUUUAAAUAGUUUAUUACAAGCAUUAUAUAUGACACCUGAAUUUCGUAAUGCACUAUAUAAUUGGGAAUAUAUUGAUGGACCAGAAAAAGAUGAAGCUAAAAGUAUACCAUAUCAAUUACAAAAAUUAUUUUUAAAUUUACAAACAUCAGAUAAAAAUUCAGUUAAAACAACAUCAUUAACAAAAAGUUUUGGUUGGGAUUCAACUGAUGCAUGGCAUCAACAUGAUAUACAAGAAUUAUGUCGUGUUAUGUUUGAUGCAUUAGAACAAAAAUUUAAAAAUACAAAACAAUCUGAUUUAAUUAAUCGUCUUUAUGAAGGUAAAAUGAUUGAUUAUGUUAAAUGUUUAGAAUGUAAAACAAUUAAAAGUCGUGAAGAUACAUUUUUAGAUAUACCAUUACCAGUUAGACCAUUUGGUUGUAAUGUUGCAUAUAAUGAUGUACAAGAAGCAUUACGUGCAUUUGUACAACCAGAAACACUUGAUGGUGUUAAUCAAUAUAAUUGUGAAAAAUGUAAUAAAAAAACUGAUGCACAUAAAGGUUUAAAAUUUAAAAAAUUUCCAUAUUUAUUAACAUUACAUUUAAAACGUUUUGAUUUUGAUUAUAAUACAUUUCAACGUAUUAAAUUAAAUGAUAAAGUAUCAUUUCCAGAUAAAUUAAAUUUAAAUUCAUUUGUUAUUGAUGAUAAUAGUGAUACACAAGAAUUAAUAAUUAAUGAAGAAGAUGCUGGUGUUGGUGUUAAAUGUGAUGAACCAUCAACAAGUGAUUUAAAUAAUAUUGAUGAGCUAUUAACAACACCAACAACAAAAACAAUUACAUCAUCAUCAGUAUUGACAACAACAACACCACCACCAUCACCACCAUCAUCACCAGUAACAAUACCACAACCACCAACAAUAACAACAACAACAACAACAAAUAAUGAACAAGAUGAUGAUGAAGGUAUUGACAUGUCAAAUGGACCAUCAACAUCAAGUACACAUAGUCAAGAUAAUGAUAGAUGUCAUGUUAAAGGACCAUACAAUUAUGAGCUAUAUGCAAUUAUGAUACAUAGUGGUUCAGCAUCUGGUGGACAUUAUUAUGCAUAUAUUAAAGAUUUUAAAACAAAUGAAUGGCUAUGUUUUAAUGAUCAAGAAGUAACAUCAAUAACACAAAAUGACAUACAAAAAACAUUUGGUGGUGGACCAACACGUACAUUUUACAGUGGUUAUUAUGGCUCAAGUAUAAAUGCAUAUAUGCUUAUGUAUCGUCAAAUUGAUAGUGAAAGAAAUGCUGUACCAAUGACUGUUGAUAAUUUUCCACCACAUAUUAAAGAAUUAUUGAAAAAAAUAAAAAUUGAAGAACAAGAUAAUAAAUUAUUUUAUGAUAGACCAAAACCAUCAUUAUGUUCAGCACGUGUAUCAGUUGUUCAUCCAAUUGAUAAUACACUUAAAAUGAAAAAAAUGUAUUUUUUUGAAAAUGAAACAUUAAAGGGUUCAGUUGAACGUGUAUAUAAAGAAUUUAAUUUAGAUAAUAUUGUUGAUAUUGAACAGUGUCGUCUUGUAAGUUGGGAUUCAAAAAAAGAAUAUAUAAAACGUAGUUAUGAUGAACCAGAUGAUGAUAAAAUAUCUGAAAUAUUAGAAAGUGAUGCUGUUGGUGGUAAUAAUAAAAAUGGUUAUCAUGAAAUGUUACUUGAAAUACGUGAUAAAAAUGAAAAAUUUAAAUAUUAUUCACCAGAUGCAUUUAAAACAACAAUAUAUAUUGUUGAUAAUGAAAAAUAUGAUAUUAUUGAUGGUCCAUUUCAUGGACGUGCAUUAUUCAACGUUAAAAUUGGUGAAUUUAAAAAAGACUUAGCUGAUGAAUAUUCAAUGGAUAUUGAUAAUAUGAUAUGUGCUGUUAUUUUAAAAACACAUUUUGAUUCAGUUAAAAUACUUGAAGAUGAUAAAGAUGAUUUAAGAGAUCAAGGUUUUAUAUACGAUCUUCAUGGUAAAAUAAUAUUAAUGCAAAAUGAUAAUAAUAAACAUCAAUUAGAUAUAAAUAAAUUGGCAAAGUUAGCUACUGAUAUUGAUAAUACAAUUUAUUUAAAAAUUAAUUUACCAGAUAUGAGUAAAGAAAAACUUGAUGAAAUGAAUAUUAAAUUAAUUGAUGAACAUAAAAAUCAUGAUGAUGAAUAUAAUUAUUAUUUUAAUAAUUCAAAAAAAUGUAUUGAUUCUGGUGAUAAUAAUAGUUGUAAUAAUAUAAUUAAUAAUAAUAAAGAUACAAAUGGUAGUGUUGUUGCUGGAGGAACAACAACAACAACAACAACAACAACAGCAACAGCAACAAAUGAAAUUGAUGAAUUACAAGAACAAAGUAAUAGUGAAGAUAGCAGUCAAAGUGAUUCAGAUAGAACACUAGUUGGUAAAUUAUCAGAAAAUGAUGAUGAUGAUGAUGAUGAUGGUGAUGAUGAUGAUUCAACAGAUAAUCAAUAUUCAAAUAAAGAAAAAAAUUUUGAAAAAGAAUUAUUAAAUAUUGAAUUAAAAAAAUACUUCAAAGUUAUUAAAAAAGUAAAUGAUAAAAAUGGAAAUACGUACCUGAAAUUAUUUGUUGAUAGAAGAUUAAAAAUACAUGUAUUUAAAUUACAAAUAGAAAAAUACCUUGGUAUAUCAAAUAAUAGUUUUAAAUUUGAUGCUGAAGAUAAUGAUUAUAUUAAUGAUAUAAAUUAUUCACAUAAAUAUGAUGAUGAUAGAAUUUAUAGUAAAAUUGAUAAUAAUUCAAUAAUAAAUAUUGUAUUAUUACGUAUACUUGGUAUUAAUGAAAUUAAAAUUAAAUUACAUCAAUUAUAUUUAAAUACAACAUCAUCAACUGAUUCAAAUUUUCAAUUAUUAUUUGAUAUUAUUGUGACAAAAGAUAUGACAAUUAAACAAUUAAAAAAUACAAUUGUCAAUGAUAUGAAAUCUAAAAUGAAUACUGAUAUAACAGUUGAUAAAAUAAGAUUGAGAAAAAAAAUUCAUCAAAUACCAUCAAAAGUUUAUUUUAAUCAUCAAGUAUUGAGUGAUAUUUGUCUCAAUUCACCAAUUGAUAUUAUAUUUCAAGAAUUGGAUGGUUUUGAACAAGUCACGAAUGACAAACAAGUUCUUGUUAUUGUUAAAUGUUAUUCUGGUGUUGAAUAUGGACAACAGUAUCAAGAAAUUGUUUUGUCAUCACCACAAGCAACCAUUGAAGAAUUAACUGAAAAAGUUGCUGAAUUAUCAAGUAUAUCACCUGAAAAUUUAGAAUUCACCAAGGGCAGAUGGCCAAUGGGACAAAGAAAUAGACAAUUGGAAUGGACAAGUAUAGCUAUUGGUAAUGAUAUACCAGAAUUAUAUGAUGGUGCUGUUAUUUAUUACAGAGACACAGCUGAAAAAUCAAAACAACCUUUCAUCAAAACAAAAAGAGAAAUAGCUGAUUCUACUGAAACAGCAAGAGAUAAUCGUAAUUCAUCAGCUUCAACAUAUCGUAGACGUGAACAUCCACUUAGAAUUUAUGUUAAUGAUAGAGAAUAAUUUCAUUGAGAUUUUAUUUUUCACACGUCUUGUAUUUAUCCUGUUUUUAUUUAUUAUUUAGUUUAUUUUAUUAAAAAAAACAAAAUGGUUACAAUUAAAAAUAAUAGAAACAAUUAUCAAACAAAACAAUAAACAUAUAUUAAUUUUUUUUUUCUUUUUUUUUUUUUUUUUUGCAGUAGUUUAAAUUUUACAUUGAAAAAUUAUUAAAAUCUCUUCCUUGCAUUUAUUCUGCGAACUGAAAAAUUUAAUUUGAUCAAAAAAUAAAAUAAUAAAUAAAAAUGUAAAAAAUAUUUUGAAAUCAUUAGUACUGAUUUGACUUGAAAAAUAAUAAGUCUAGUAUUUGAUAAAUAAAUUAAAAAUAAUUCUUAUGAUAAUUAAAAAAUAAAAAAAAGUCGUGAAAAAAAAAUUAAGUAAUUUAAAAAAAAAUAUUUCUCUAUGUAUCAUACUCUGUAGUUAUGAAAAAAGAAAAAAAAAAAAAAACUAUAUUUGUAAUUGAUUAUUAAUAACAUCAUUAAGAAUUAUAAGUUGACGCGCAAGAGUAAAUGGAUAAUUAUGAUGCGAGUGAUUUUUUUUUUUUUUUUGAAAAACAAUGAACAAGUGAAUGAGAUGUAAAAAGAAAAAAAAAA